ACAGCCAGAGACAAACUUCAACAGUUCAUCCCAUCUGAGAACCCAGCUUGCUGCUAUAACAGCUGAAGAUGAUGACAAAGCUUGCUGUGUGUGUCUCUGUAACGCUGCUGCUGAUUGCUCUGAGUCAAGCCACUCCAAGGACCCCUUGCUGCACAAAUUAUCAGAUAAAGCGAAUCCCAUUAAGAUUUCUGACAAACUACACGAUACAAGAAGACACAGGCGGCUGUCGCCUGAAGGCAAUAAUAUUCACAGUCUUGCCAAACAACAUUGCCUGUGGGAAUCCUUAUGAGCCGUGGGUCAUUACGGCCAUGAAGGCAAUUGUGUCACGAAACAACAGAAGACCCUCAAAAACAUCUGAUGCAAUCAAGUAAAAGGAUAUACAAGAAGAUGUGUUUUAUUUAUACCAAGUUCACCAGAAUAAAAAAAAUAUAUUUUCUAAUUAA